ACCCCAGUUGUUUUCCUCUCUCUUUCACCCUCUUCCUUUUGUAAAGCAACUGUCGUUGUAAACCAACUACACAUGUCUGUGGUCGUUACGAGCGGUAUCUACUUACUAAAUGGUAGAAUCAGCACGCUGGCGUUUUUCUGCCGUCGUACAACACGGCAACCGAGAAUUUACCCAACAGAACCACCUACGACCCGGUGUGGAGCCGAAAAUUUCUUAUAAUAUCAUUGCAACCGCAAAAUUAUUGGAUAUAUAUUCGAAAUGAUUUCGAGGAUGUAAACCUUAGUUCCAACAACCAGACGACGCAUGCAUACAGAUGCAUCCAAGCGAAACUUGUACCACCAAAAACUACAAAUAUAACAGUGGCCUGUCAAAGAAACAAAGAAAGAAAAUAUAAAAAAAAAAAUACAAAAUAAUACACUCCAAACACUUCAAACAUAACAUAUACAACAAGUAUUCUUGUAAUAAUAACAGCGGUGAUAUAGCCAUAACACCUAUUCAACACACACAUACGCGCGCACACACCAACACUAAAAUCCAAACAUGCAUUCAAAAUAUAAUUAAAAAAAAAUACAAACAAACGGAAAGUGAAAGUAUAUUUGAUAAAUAAGAAAGGUUUGCGAUAUAAAUUAAGAGUAUUUCCACUAAUAUAAAUAUAGAAAUAUUUUAUAUAUUUUUAUGAUAAAUUAUUCUGGAUAACAAUUAUUUAUAUAUUUCUCUCUCUCUCCUUCUCUCCUCUCUCUCUCUCUCUCUCUCUCAAUUUAUUUCACUCCCUCUCUCUUUCCGUUCAAACACUUCUUAAACAUAUACCCAUGUGCACGCACAUCUAUAUAAAUAUAGACACUUAAACAGAUCAACAUAGUCUAAAAUAUACAAUUUUUUCUUCCCAUUACAACUCCCACCUUGUUGCUGUUUAGCCAUUAACACAAUCUUCAGUACAUUUUCCUAUUCUAAAUCACUCACACAGAUUUCUAACGUAAGGAAAUAAUUAUCAUUUUCAUUAAUGUCAUUAUUUUAAAGACAUUCCAAUAUUUUAAAAUGCCGGUAUAUUUGUAUUAUUUUCUUCCUCAUAUUGGUCAUACUUGUUCUUUUCGUUACUCUGGUAAAUAAUUUAGGGUAAAUACAAUUGAAAAUCUCACACUUAUCUUCCUUGAUCAGAUUUCGCUGCUGUUGCUUCCAUAUAUUAUUAUUAUUAUCUCUCUCUCCCUCUCUAGUUUUCUGUUUAAACACAUCUUUUCUCAAGCAAAUAUAUAUAUAUAUAUACAUAUAUAUAUAUAUAUCCAUGUGCAAUCACGUCUAACUGUAGAUACUUAAAUACAUCACUAUACAAGAAAUUAUACAAUCUUUUCCUACCAUUCCAACUUUCAUCUCAUUGUGAAUUUUUAGCCAUUAAAACAGUUUACUAUUCAUAUCAUUAAUAUAAUUAUUUAGAAUAUCACUUUGAAUACAAUUAUAUAUAUUUUGAGAUAAAUAUACUUAGAACUGGUUGUCAACUUUAUUCAAAUUUAAUUCAUUUUUUUUCUGCAAUAGUUCCUGAUGCACGUGUCAACAUUUGUUUCGUAAAUCUGUCUUUAUGCAUUUUUAAUCUAUCAUUUAAUGUAUCACCCCCUUUACUAAAUUACCUACUUAACUGAAUCCAUGUGGUUACAUACAAGCGUGUAUGCUUGUUUACUGCACACAUGAGACUCCUCCACAUCUAAAGUAUCAAUACAUACGAUCAUAUGAUAGAAUUCCCUACACUUCUUUAUGACGAACCUCCUGCUCUACGUCGUGUCAUAAAUCGAAGAGCUGAGUACGUUCCUAUAUGAGACAACACGUUCUUAAGCACACAACUAUGCUUGCAGGCAUGCGCAAGUUUGUAGUGUGACAACAGGUUGUUUGGCUGACAAUCUCCUUGCAUGCUUAGUUAAUUCUCUUACACCUUGAAACAUACACACAUAUUUCAGUUAUCUUUAUUUUUUUUCGUGUACAACUACAUUCGUUAUUAAAUCCAAGUAUGUAUUUUAAGCUACGGUAAAAUCUCUUACUUCUAUUAUCAACAAUUUAUGUAUUCAGCUCUCUAAACAUUUAUGGCUAUUGAUGGUGGUUACAGUGUUCUUUCUCUAAUUUUAGGCAUAAUUUACAUCCAUCUUUUUUAAAUACAUUAUUUUCUUGCCUUUUGCCUAUGUUUUCCAAUUCGCAUUUAUGUAAGACUUAAGUUAACAAUUGACUUUAAGGAACUGCAACUUCUCAACGCAGAAGGAAAAUGAGUGUGUGAAAAAGCAAUUAGAAAUAAUCCACUACUACAACUACUACUACUGUUCACGUAUAUAUUAUAUAUAUGUUCAUUAUUAAAUGUAACCAUAGCUAGAUGAUAUAGUUCCAUCUGCUAUACUGUAUACGUGUGCGUAAUUUAUAUAUAUAUAUAUAUAUAUAAUAUAUAUAUAUAUAGUGGCUGCACACGUGCCUGGUGUAGUAGUCAUCUGAGUGUUGCGUGUGGCAGUAUAGGCUUAAACUGUAUAGCUGUAGUAGUGGAGGCACAUUUCAUGCUUCUGCAAUAUUUCAGUUGAAAGACAACCCAAUAUUCUCCCCAGUAAUGUUAGCAGCAUUUACUGGUUAGGAAAAGCGAAACAGGGACAGCUGAUUAGGGAGUCAUUCUUUGAAGAUAAUAUUUCAAUUGAUGUAAAAAAAAAAAAAGCAGAUCUUUUGUUAGCGAUGAGAAAGAGACCUCCCAUUAUUAAGAAAUUUUCGAAUAAAUAUGAAACGGACAGAAAUAUAAUAUAUAUGUGUAGACUUGUGCAUCUAUAAUAAUAAUAAUAAUAAUAAUAAUAAUAAUAAUAAUAAUAAUAAUAAUAAUUUGAUAACAAUAAUAACCCUGACUGAAAUUAGACUGAAAAAAGAAUAGGAAGUUAGUGUCUAUAGAUUAUUAAGAAUUUUUGUAGAGUUGAUUGUUGUUUUUGUUGUCGCUGCUGCUGUUGCCGUUUUGCUGCUGCUGCUACUACUGUGAUUGUUGUUAUUGCUGCUAUUGUUGUUGCCACCGCUGUCGAUUGCUGAUCCCCACCUCUUUCGCGAUUGUGAAACAUCAAUCAUCUGUGGGGAAGUUCUUGUACCUGAAUUAAACUUCUUUUCCACUGCCUUCGCUUUCUUCCUCUCUCUUCCUUUCGGAAUUGUCAUUCAAAUGUGUCUGAUCGCAAAUUAUUUAGCAAACAGCUAAUGCGAAUGACGUGUCGACAUUAUUUAUAUUGAUAUUGUUUUAUUACAAGCAGCAACAAAAAAAGUCGGAAUAUAUACAGUGAUAGAAGAGAAGGGGGAAAAGUUAGUAAAUAAGCAUCCCUAUAUAAGAGAGGAAGGAAGGACCUAAGGGAGAAAGGAAAAUCAUUUACCACCCAUAACUACCGUGUUAGGUUUGACUGACAGCGACAACAGCAGCAGCGCAACAAGCACGAAUAACACCGACAGCAGAAUUAGCAAGGACGGUAGCAGCAGUAGCAUCAACAACAGCAACAUCAGCAGCUGUAGCGUGGUGUUAUUAGCCUUAAAUACACACCACAAUUAAUCUACUCCUCUACGCACAUACGUAUAUAUACUUAUCCCCAUUUUUGCGUGUGUAUUAUAAAUAAUAUAUGUCUAUAUAUAUGUAUAUAUACACACGCACUUAUCGAGGUUUUAGUUCCUUUCAAUAGCAGUUGCAGCAAGUGCAUUCGCAAAACAAGCUGCGUUAGAAAUUGCUGUCAGAUUUUGUCAUUUGCCAUUGCUGCAGCUGCUGCUGUUGUUGUUGUUGCUAUUAUUACCACUUUCGCUGCUGUUUUGUUUUUCUUUCCGUGACGCUGUUGUGGUCUUGUUGUUGCUGUAGUUGUAAGGCUAUUGCUAUGUAGAAAGUGUGGUGAGCUGCUGUUGUUGGUGUAGAUGUUGUCAAUACUUUGACAUCGAGUAAAAAAAAGAAUUUGCUGAUAGAUUGACUAAAGUAAAAAGACGGACAGACUGAGAACUCGAAGAUAGAUUUCACUUUUUUUAAAAUAUCUAUCACUCCUUCCCAACAUCCUUCAACUAAACCAUCUCAUUAAAAUGUAAACGCCUACACCCAUAGCAUCAUCACCGCAAUUUAUAAAAGCAUUAAUCUCAUCAGCAUCACCAUCAUCAGUAAUUGUCAUAAACAAAUUACGUGCAGGAGCACAAAAUAUUGUUGGCAAAAGAACAACAGCGGCGACAACAACAACAGUAGCAAAAGCAGCAACAGCAGCAACAGCGACAACAGCAGCAGUAACGACAUCUGCAAAUUCGAAAGUUUCAAUGAAAUAAACAUAAUUUAGUUUCCCUCGAAAUAUACAUAUAUCAAUAAAAAAUAAACUAUAAGUGAUAAUCUUUCUAUCUAUAUAUAAAUCUAUACACUGUUCUCUACAUUGAUAUAUAUAUAUAAUUAAUUAAUUUACUACGCAAACAAUUGUUAGACAACAUCAUAAACACGAAAAAUAGUACAGCUGCAAUCAUUACAAAUGAUUUCAGAUAAACUUUCCACAUAAAUAUAUUAUAAAGUAUAGAACUUCCGUUUUCAGUUUCAUAUGGUAAUAUUUGUUGAGUAUUUUGAACCGUAUAAUUAAAUGGUGGUUAAAAUACAUGUAUUAAAGCAGAACGGAAUAAGGUGAAUCGAUAGAGUACUGAUAGCUAUAUAUGUAUAUAUAUAUAUAAGUGUCAUUGAUGAAUGGUGAGUUUACGGAGUUGAAGUUGAGGGACUCCUAGAAGAUACGUUUAUAUAAAUAUAUAAAAUAUUUUCUUUUUUUCAUCAGAAGUAAAUUGUAAGGUGUAGCUAAUUAACUAAGAACGAAUUUACCUGUGUUUAUCAUACAUAAGCACAUUGACAAAGAAAUAUUCCUUGAAUUUUCUACACUCGAGAUUUAUUUCAAUUGACAGCAAUAAUUUAAAUUCUUAACAAUUAUCGAUUUCACUAGAAUACUAUUAAACAUCGUUAAGUUUUCAAAUAUCUAUUAUCGAUAUUGAUAAACGCAACUUUCUUUCAUAAAGAAUCUGAAUAUCUUCUUGUUUGUUAAGAAGGGAAUCUGAUUGAUUUACCCACCUUGUAUUUUGAUACCUUUUUAUAAGCGAAAUUAAUGUUAUCGCCCCGAAUUUACAUUAGCGCAACAAUAAGGCAAUAAAUUUUCAUAAAACUAAAACUUUAAGUAUAUGUUUAAACUGUUAUAAAAAGUAUGUACUGAUGUUGACAUAUAUAUAUUUAUAUAAAUAUAUGGGUAUAUAUACAUACGUAUAUACAUAAGUAUAUACUUAUAUAUGUUUAUAUUUAUAUAUAUAUGAAUAUAUAUUACAACAGCAAUACUCUUACGUAAACAAAAAUUGCAGUAGCCACAAACAAUAAAAUCACAAAUUUGCACUAAUUACUUAAUAAUUCACAUAUAGAUACUAGAUAGAUAUACAACAUUCAUACCUAUUACACAACUAUAUACAGAUAUACACCUAGCACAUCAACACACACACAUACAGCUACACAAUACAUACAUAUAUACAUAUAUCUAUAUAUACAUAAAAGUACAGAUACACACAGGUGAAUCCCUACAAGAAAAAAAAGCAUGCCUUCCUAAGAAAUAGGUGUGGACUGAUGAGAAGUCGGAGACAAUGGUGAUGUUUCGCUAUAUGACAAAUGGAAUUGCCGCUGUAUUUAUCGUUGUCACUGUCAUAGCGUCAGCUUUUACAUGCUACACGGCCAACGAGACAGACAACGUUGCCUCAAACAACAGAAUACCUAUAGGUGCUAUUUUUGAAGUUGAAAAGUAUGUGGUGCCAUACCACACGGGUUUUCGAUAUGCAAUCGGGCACCACAACCGGGAUCCUAAACAGCGUGACCGCUUCAAACUAGAGCUGGACGCCACAAUCAGCCAAAUCUCCAGAAAGAAUAAUUACGAGCUUGCUGCAACAAUCUGUGGUCACAUGGAAAAUGGUUCUUUUGUCCUAUUUGGUGUAAUAGACAGUUCAUCAGUUGAAGUAGUCGAAUCCUACAGUAGACGAUUCCGUAUGCCCUUCGUCUCUCCAGGUCUUUCCUUUACUGUUGACCCAGAGCAACCAAACUUCGAAAUUUACUUGCGUCCUGAUCAUACAAAUGCAGUGAUAGACAUGGUGAAAUUCUACGGUUGGAGAAGAGUACAUUAUUUGUACGACUCAAACGAAGGACUUAUGCGAAUCGAACAAAUAUUGAGCACGUUUACACGACAACAAUACAAUGUAUCCAUAUACAUGCAUCGACUUGAAGACGUAUCCCAAGCACAUGAUGAUCUACGAAUGCUUGACCGUUCGGUAUUGGAAUUUUACAAGUGUAUUAUACUUGAUCUUUCUUCACCUGGAGGAUAUGAGAUUAUUCUUAAACAAAUCAGUGAAGUCGGCAUGAAUAAAUUUGGAUAUCAUUAUUUACUCGGAUCUAUGGGAUUCAUUAAUCUUCCACUUGAGAGGCUGAAAUACGGCGGUGUAAACUUAACAGGUUUUCAACUACUUGACCCAGAUAAUCCACAAUUACAACAUUUUCUACGAAUCUCUGAGGAAGUGGACCGGGUAAGGUGCCCGGUGGCAGAGGGAAAUUGGACUACGCAUGAAGUUGCACUUUCGAUCGAUGCUACCAACGUGAUAGUUCAUGCCCUCGAGCAAAUGUUAAAAAACGAUAUAAAAGUGUUUCAACACACAUUCCGGCGCGGAAUUGUCUACAACCAUAAUAAGACAAAGGGUGUGCCUUGUUAUAUAAAGGACGCCUUGCCUUGGAUGCAUGGUGAUGCAAUUAUGUCUGCUUUGAAACAGGUCGAUAUCAGAGGUUUGUCUGGAAGAGUGGCUUUCGACGAACAAGGACGACGAAGAGAUUACAAACUGGAUGUCUAUGAAUUGCGGGUGGAUGAAGGUCUCAGAAGAAUUGGAAACUGGACACCAACUCAAGGUUUCAACGAAGUUGAGAUUGAACGUGCCGCCCCGCAACAAAACUAUACCAUGACAGGGAAAAGGCUGAUUGUUACCACAAUUGAAUCCCCGCCAUUCUUGAUGUUUAAAUCGCCAGCACCGGAUGGCAAGCCAUUAGUUGGGAACGACAAGUAUGAGGGAUACUGUGUGGAACUGGCAGAGCAUUUAAAGAGAAUCAUUCAUAGAGAUUAUAUAUUUCGUAUUGUGAAAGAUGGCAACUACGGCCAAAAGCUUAAGAACGGAACUUGGGACGGAAUGAUUGGUGAGCUCACACGCAGGGAAGCGCACAUAGCUAUAGCUCCUUUGACGAUAACAUCACAACGUGAGGAAGUGGUAGAUUUCUCCAAACCUUUCAUGAAUGUUGGCAUUAGCAUCAUGAUUAAGAAACCGGAGAAACAGAAGCCAGGCGUAUUUUCGUUUAUGGAACCACUAUCUUUGGAGAUAUGGACGUGUAUCAUCUUCGCCUUCCUAGGCAUUAGCGUAGGAUUAUGGCUGGUGAGUCGCUUCAGUCAGUGUGAAUGGCAUAAAGAUACGACAAUCAAUGGAGAACAGAUGGUAAAUGACUUUUCCAUCUCAAACUCUAUUUGGUUUUCGUUGGGUGCUUUGAUGCAGCAAGGCAGCGAUGAAUGCCCCAGAUCGCUGUCAGGCCGCAUCAUUGGAGGUGUGUGGUGGUUUUUCGUCCUAAUCAUUAUUUCGUCUUACACGGCCAACCUUGCCGCUUUCCUCACGAUUGAACGAAUGCUCACGCCUAUCGAAUCAGUUGAGGACUUAGCUAAACAAACCGAAAUUGCCUAUGGAACGAUUGGCUCCGGAACAUCUAAACAAUUUUUCAAGGAUUCAAACAACCCCACAUAUCAGAGGAUGUGGGCCUUCAUGUCAUCAAACCCUAGUGUGUUUGUCAAAUUAGUAAAGGACGGAGUGCACAAGGUGCGGAACUCCAAGGGAAAGUAUGCCUUUCUUCUAGAGUCAUCAAGUAAUAUUUACAUUAAUAAUCGCAAACCGUGCGAUACCAUGAUGGUCGGUGGAACACUUGACUCAAAAGGUUUCGGUAUAGCAACACCUAAAGGUUCUCCCAUCAGAGAUUCAGUGACAUUAGCAGUUCUUGAACUUAAAGAAGAAGGUUCUUUGCAUAAGCUGUAUCAGAAAUGGUGGUAUGAGAAAGGCCAAUGCGGUUUCGAUUCAGGAGGCGACUCGAAGAAACGCGAGUUGUCACUAAGCAACGUAGCUGGUGUGUUCUAUAUUUUGAUAUGUGGACUAGCACUAGCUAUAGCCCUUGGAAUUCUGGAGUUUGUCUGUAAAUUAAAAUGCCACGGAAAUAAAGGUGAAUAUAUUCCUGGCCGAAAGUCAGGCGAUGGAAUUUCUGGUGACAAAGAUGGACCUGGCCAUCUAUGCCCCGAUUAUAUGCCUGAAAAAGCUGUUUCUACGUUCACGUACACUGCUCCACAACUGAUAGCGUUUGAGUCUUAUGCUGACGGCAACUCCCAUACGCAAGUAUAACAGCAGCUAGGAGUGUUGUGCUGAGACACAACCGAAGGCUAUGAGACAUAAACGCGACAGUAGACAGGCCACUGUCCACCCCUCUGAUGUGUGAAUCCGACAAAAAAUAUAAACCAAAAACUAAACUGCCAAUUGAACCAUUGUUUCGGAUAUAUACAUAUAUAUAUAUACAUAUUAUAUAUAUAUAAAUAUAUAUAUAUAGGACCUCAACUACAGUCAGAACAACAUCAAAGCACAUUGGCUGUAUAAUUACCUCUCUCUAUGUUUCUUGACUUCUUUAUUUUCGUUAAAAUCCUACUUCAAAACAGAACAAAGUUAUUUAAACAUAUGAUAAAGAAGAACAACAUCAGUUGAAAAGGAAACAAAAAUAUAGUUACAACUAAUAUAUUGCAUCAAAGUGAACGAGUAUUUUUUUUCUCACGCACGAAAACCCCUUUUUAUGCUCGGUUUAUAUUUACACUAUAAUUUUCGUUUCGAUUUUUCGUUCUGUUUUUUCCAUAUUACGUUUCGGUUGUUCUGCAGUCACAAUUUAUAUCAAAAUUUAUCUGUUUACGUUAUGGAAAAUGAAUGAGAGGACACAAUACGUGCCACUCGACUGGCACCACUUAACCUUCAUCAAAGACAAUCGAACGUCAUCAUUCAUGAAGAGUAAUUGUUAUGGCAGACGAGAUGUGAAAGUUUGGGUUGAUGGAGCACGCAUAUACUUCAUUUGACAAAUCUAAUUGUAUAAUAGUAGUACUUUGAUCUCUCUCUCUCUCUUUUUCUCGCACAGUUGGUAUGUGUAUAUAUAUAAAUAUAUAUACCGCGCACAUAUACAUAAUUUGUGAGUCACACAUUUCUAAUUGCAGUUGUAUCAUGAUACAGGUAUCUAAUGUAACGUCUACAUAGGUAGAUGGGUGGAUAUAAAUAUACACAGAAGCGAAACUAAUGUGUAAAAACACACAAUAUAUUUAAUUUACUAGAAAUCAUUUGCUCAUGAACGAACUAUAUUAGAAUGAGGAACCGAAUAUUUGUCAAAUAUUUAAAUCUGAAUGUUGAAUCCUCACAAAUCUAAAAAGUUCUUCGUCGAUAAAACUUGGUUGUUUACAUAUAAAUAAACUAAAGUUACUCUUUCUGUAUCAUAACACCGAAAUUCUUUCUUUGAUAGUAAACAAUAUUAUAUAAUAGCGAAAAUUACGUGCGUAACUGUGAAAGAUAUAUCGAACUGAAUGCGCUGAAAACUAUUUAGUACAAGGCGAAUCAUAUUAUGGAUAUUUGUUGAUAGAAGACUAGCCAUUAUUAGCGUUACAGUUGAUAUCAAGAAAAUAGUUUCCAUUAAUGGAAUGCUUGCUUUAAUGUUUCUUGAGAAUAGUUCAUUUAAUAUCAGAUUCAUGUUUGUCCAUAUACCAGGCAAAUUAAAGCCUUUAUAUUUGUAAACGUAAAAAUCUUCAUGUGAAAUUGUAAUUCAGUGUAAUUGCUUAAGUAAAAUAACUCAUUGGUCUAAUGUUUUGUACAUUUUUAAACCAUGCUAAGAUGAAACAUUUUGGUCGACGAAAGCCAACUUUGAUCUUUCUUUAUAAUAAAUAUGUAUCUUUGUCAAAAAGUAAUCAGAUACAAAUGGCGAUGAUAAAAUAAAAUA